AUGAAUAGCGGUAACUUUGAACCUGACCACCUUCAAGUUUCCUUUGAUAGUAAUUUGAUUCAAGUAAUUGAAUGUAAAGACUAUUCGCUACUUUUAAUCAACCACCCUAAUAUUGGACUAUUGAUUACAAAAAUUUUCUCAAUAGAUGAAUUAUUCAUCGAUCAUAUUCAUCAAACAAAAGCCCCAAAUUGUUUUUUACUUUUUCGCAUGAUCUUCUCGAAGGCCAUCAAAGAAGCGGGAAUAAAAUUAGAGAGAAAAUAUAUAUCCAAAAUGGCUGGCUCUUGCUGGAAGUCUUCAGUUAAAACUAAACUAUUUUUUAAAAAUAUUUAUAAACAACUUAAACAAUUACUUCCGGAAAAACCAAAUCAAACCGAUUAUAAUUCAACUCCCGUGGUUAAUUCAAUGGUAGCAUAUCCAGCCUGUUUCGAAAACAACGUCCUCAAUAAUAACAACAAUAUAUACGCUGAUGAAUUCUUUGAGAAAAAUAAUUAUUUACUUUACCAAAACCAAAGUAUUCCGGAACAACCACAUCAAAUCAAUUACAUGUAUAAUCCAACUUCUGUGGUUAAUUCAAUGGCAGCAUAUCCAGUCUAUUUCGAAAACAACACCCUCAAUAAUAAUAUUAUUAUGAAAGAAGACAUAGAUUGUCACGCUUAA